AUGGAGAGUUCAGGACCACGGAGAUUCGUUCAGUUCCAACCGGACGAGUUGAAUAUCCUUAAUGACAUCGAGUUCUUUGCAGACAGGGAGAUACGAUACAUCUUGGUAGCAACUUUGACGAUGAUCAAAUUCCGUGUGGUUCAAGAUUUGAGGACAUUUGUAGCUACUCUGGAAACAAUUGGACAAAGAGUUCCUCGAGAGAUCCUGGACAGUAUCGUGCCGGACUCAAUGAGGACUGUUUUAGGGAAAAGGCUGAUUCAAAAGCACAUGACAAGUCAAGAUGCCAUGGAGCUUAUUACAACACUUGAAGACCACAUCAAGCGACUGUUCUCCAUAGUUGGCUUAGACAAUUGGUCGCUUGUUCUUGAGAACCGUGGUUACGGCAGCGAGUUGUACGGUUUUUCGCUUUGGCUCUGGGGAGUUUGGGACACGACGCCUCAUUCCGUCGAAUACUUUACAAGGCUGUUUAAUGAAUGCAGAAAUAAUAAUAACCACUAG